GUAAUGUACUCAGUUUUUAUGUAGUACUGCUAAUUAGUUUUUGUAAUAUUCAAACUUAUGCAGAAAGUGAAAGAACAUGGGGAUAGAAAGUGAAGUACCGGAAUCAGGCGAAGAAAUUGUGUGUGCACAAAAGACGAUUUUCUGCCGGAGGAGUUCAAGAGCUGGGGAAAUUACGCGAAUGCGCUGAGGCAAGAGAAGGAUAAUAUGGGAAAAAUGAAUGGGAAAGUAAUGGGUGGAUUUAGUUAAAAUGGGUGGGUAAUGAGUGGGUUUAAAAUUAUUUUAAAUAAUUAAAUUACAACUAAUCGUUGAGUGUCACGUCAUUAAAAAUUAUUAUUUAAUUAUUUUUAAUUUUGGUCUGUUAAUGAAGGGGUAAAUUUGGACCCAAAGGUGAAUGUGAAGGGUAUUUAGGGGCCAAUAGGUGGAUGGAGGGUAAUUGUAUACCAUUUUCAAUACUUCAAAGGUAUUUUAGGCCUUUUCCGAUUAAAUAAUGAAGUUAACUACAUAAACUAUAUUAUUUUCUUUAAUACUAACUUCAUUUAGAAAGCACAUGAUGUUUUUUUUUUUGGUUUAUUGAGGUCAACACGAAUACAUAUUUGUUGAGUUUAUCUAUAAAGAUUAAUUCAUUUUCCUUUUUAUUUUUUUUUGCAAAAAAUGUUUUUUUUUUCAAUUAGAAACAAAUUAAGAUUUGUUUUGCACCAUUAUUUAUUUUAUUUUAAAAAAAUAAUGUUCUCUUAAAUUUAAGUCUAACCAAAUAAUGUCAUGAGAGGGAGAUAGUAUUUAUCAAUAAAAUUUGAAUGACAGAUUAAGUUUUCCAUAUAAUUCAAUUGGUAUUAGAAAAAUAAUAUAAAGAUGACAGAAGUACUAGCUCCUUUUUCUGAUCACCAGGUGCUGCGGCUUAUUACAAAACAUUUGUUUAUACACACACAAAAAGAUUCUCCCUUCUCUUCGCCUCUCUUAUUAUUAAUUUACAAUUAUAACUUGAAUUUGAAGAAAAUAUAGUAAACAAUUAAAUUAUUAAGAAUAAUGGAGGAAAUUAUGUACGAAUUUGGUGGUUACUCCGAUAAUCAUGAUUUGGAGGCGCCGGAAUAUUUUGAAUGUCCGCCGGAGGCGUUUUCCGAUGAGGAAUUAUUUGGAUCGGCCGGAAACACUAGGUCGUUGGAAGUAAUUUCAGCUACUAAUUCAUCAAUAGUAGAAGAAGAAAAUAUUCAAGCAAAGAUCUCUUCUCAUCCUUUGUAUACUAAACUUCUUCUGACUUAUCUCGAUUGCCGCAAGGUGGGUGCAGCACCUGAGAUUGUGGAUAUGUUGGACAAUAUUGUCCAAGAAAAUGAUCUUCAUAGGAGAUCAAUCAGCAGCACUGCCUUAAAUCAACCAAUCAGUGACGAUUCUGAGCUAGAUGAUUUCAUGGUAACUUACUGUGAUGUUUUGGCUAAGUUGAAGUUGGAUCUGGGAAGGUCUUUCAAUGAAGCAACUACUUUUCUUAACGAUAUUCAAACUCAACUUACCAAUCUCUCCACUACAACAAAUAUCUCAGACGCGGAGGCGAAGGCGGAGGCGGAGGCGGAGGCGGAGGAAGGUGAUAGACUGGGUGGUAGGGGCAAUAAUGGGCAGCAGCAGAAGAGUAGUGAUGAAUCAGGGAGUGAAGUAAAGUUUUUAAAGGAUAAAUUAAUGGAAAAGUACAGUGGAUAUAUAACAAGUUUAAAGCAUGAUUUUUGCAACAAGAAUUAUAACAAGGGGAAGCUACCAAAAGAAGCAACACAAAUUUUGCUCAACUGGUGGACUACGCACUAUAAUUGGCCGUAUCCUACGGAUGGAGAGAAAAAAAGUCUAGCAGAAUUAACAGGUUUAGAUCCAAAGCAGAUUAACAACUGGUUCAUAAAUCAACGGAAACGACACUGGAAAUUACCUUCACAAAACAUGCAAUUUGCUCUUAUGGAAACCACCAUAUAUGGUCACUUUUCUCAAUAAUUUUUGUGUAUAUAGUACCAAACUAAAUAUCUUUCCACCAAUUUAUGUGGUUUUAUUUCUAACAAAAUUAUGGUUCUAACUCCAAGUUUCAAAGAUUUUAUUGAGGAUUUACAAAUUUUAUGUAAUUUCGUGUUUUGAGCUUGUUUA